AUGCAGUCACAGCGGGUCCCUCGGCUAAACCCGGAAGCGCUGCUCGGAGGGAAGAAUGCACUCUCAUCCGAUAACUACCUGCGGACCUGUCACCAUCUGACGACAUGCAGCUCAUUGAUUUUGUCUCCGGAUCGCUGGCAGGUGUAUGGCUUCUUCAAAGGCAUGUCCUUACCCAUCAGCACGAUCUCUGUGACCUCCGCUGUAGUAUUUGGCACAUACAGGAACUGCCUGCAGUGUCUGAACCAGGCACGAGGAGUCGAUUGUACGGCUCCAAACAGUAAACUAGAUAUCUUCCUGUCUGGUAUGGUGGCAGGUGUAGUUCAGACUUCAGUGCUGGCUCCAGGUGACAUCGUGAAAGUACGACUGCAGUGUCAAACCGAGUCCAGGCGAGGAGGACCCAACAUGCCCAAACCUAAGUACCAUGGUCCAAUUCACUGUCUGCUGAGCAUUAUUAGAGAAGAGGGUUUCCGGGGCCUCUACAGAGGAAUACUACCGCUCAUACUACGAGAUGCGCCAUCGUUUGCCACGUACUUUUGGACUUAUUCCGUUUGCUGUGAAUUACUCACACACAGUGGCAAGAAAAGUCCAGAUUGGAGCGGCGUAAUGCUGGCCGGUGGAACAGCAGGAAUUGCGGGUUGGACUGUAGCCACGCCCAUGGAUGUCAUCAAAUCCCGUCUGCAGAUGGACGGCAUUCGGGGGCCGAGGCAAUACAGAAGUUUUAUCCACUGCUUGACUGACACGGUGCGGGUGGAAGGGGUCGGGGUUUUCUACAGAAGCUUGGGCAUCAGCGUUUUGCGUGCAUUCCCUGUUGGGGUUGCCGUGUUUGUUACGUACGAGGUUGUCAGCGGUUUCCUCCGACCUGGACCAGGCAGCAUUGAACUGCCUUGGAGGCUGAAAUAGUAUUAACUACUUCCAUCAUGCUCAUUUCUCUGUAUUUAAUGUUUGUUUUUACAAUGACGUCCACAGCUGCAGAGCCUGAUAAGGAUGGUUUGCACAGCUAUCAUGUGAGCUUCCUGUUACAUAUAGUAUUUAGCUAGUAAGGGUAACAUAUCCUAAUAUGCUCAGGGGAAAUGUUCUAAGGCACUGUUGAUACCAGAUAGUAGACCAUGCAGCAGCAAACCACUAGAUGUCCUCCCUGGCCAGUGUGUAACCAUAUCUUGGGUUUUAUUAUGAAUAUGACUAGAAAAUGCUCUGCAUGACUGGUGCCUUUUUUCACCAGAAGAGCAGCCCUCUGGCAAUAUUUAUUCAAUUUAGGUUAUGGUUGGCUCCUCAAGACCAUGUGAGACCUUGAAUGUAGAAUUUAUCAAUGAGCUACAAUACGCACAAUUAGAGAAGCAUGAAACCGGUCCAGGGUGCAUUAUUUCGUCCUCUGCUUGUUUCCAGCUCAGCAGCAACAUACUUGAUGGUUCAUAAUAUCAUAAUAUUUUAAUCUUGAUGCAGUGGGUCAAGGCCAAAUUCAUAGACAUCAAUCCUCUAAACAUAUUUUUUUUUUUUUUUUAAAUUCAACCCAUGAAUUGUUCUCUGAGAAAUCUUUCAAUUUUUAAGUAAGUGAAAACAAUCGAGGAUCUGUCCCCUGAUCUUUUCUGAGAUUAUUAUUAUUACCAAUUGCAUUUCAAAAUGUGAGUAAGUGAGAAUUCUGACAGAACUUAGACUUUGAAAUGACUACGGUAUAACUACGGCCUUCUCAAAUGUGGGAUAUGUUCACAUAUCUGAGUUUUAGCUGCAAGUUGGAUUCUCAUUUUUCAUAACUUAAAGUGAACAGCUGCUUUAGCAGUAAGAUAAUAACAACCAUCACACUAAAUGAUUCAUGUCUUCAUAUCAAGGCCAAGCAUCAAAUGUUUUUCAUUCACUGUUGAAAUGUUUUCUGUAUGAUUAUUAGACAUGUUUUUAUUUGUGCCAUGCAAAGCUGUACUGCCACCUAGUGUGUGAGUCAGACAUCAUCCUGUUAACAUCACUCAGAUCCAUGUCUGCAAGUCAUUCACGUGGCCUGCAUGAGCUUUGCUCCAUCUAAGACCAUUCUGAGAUUGUUUUUGUUGUGUUGAAUAUUUCCCUUAAAAUGAGCAACUGGAAAUUAUAUUGUUUUCUUUCUAUUUCUGCAAUAUGCACACCUUUGAUUAUGUUUUUAAUAUAUUUUCUGUGUGUGAUACAGUAUCUAGAAGGUUACUGCUGCUCCGAUAUAUUUUUGUAACCUUUAAUAAAUGGGGGAAUAAUUUAACUUUGAUUUGCUUUGAGGAGUCUUUAUCAACAACCAAUGUAGAGUGUCCUGCAG